AUGACCGAUUUGGAUGAUGAACAACGAGCAUUAAUUCCACAUUCAUUACGCGAAUUGACCUUACAUUGUAUUUAUAAGGGCAUUCAGUUAGGAUCGACAGCAACAUUUUUGACGGCACUGCCGUAUCAAUUAUAUAAAUCAAGAAAGAAUCCUUCAUUUGGACCAGUUCUUAGUCGUGCUGGAACAGCGUCAAUCUAUGGUGCUGCAGUCGGCGUGGCAUUGAGUGUUGGCUUGAUGCAUGCAAAAUUAAGUAAAGAACAAUACAAUGAAUAUAAAAUAUGGGAUCGAGCCUAUCGUCUUCGUCAUUCUCAAAACCAAAACCGAGUUGAUAAAUUCACAUUCUCGACUUCUAUGGUUGGUGGAUUAGCUGGCCUUAUAAUUGGCUUACCAACAAAAAUGAGUCCAUUUUCAGCUGUUAAAGGAGCAUUAAUGGGUAUUCCAUUCGGAUUAUUAGCUCAUGUUCUCAUUAAACCUUUACAAGCACCGCCAUCAGUUGAUGUAACUGACAAAUAA